UGGGGGAGACUAGCGUAGACGUUGCGAUGAUUCGAGCGAGACCUCACUUCCGCCAUUCAGCGAAUACCACAAAUUUAAACUCGAGCUCCUUACGAUUAGAUGGGGCAAAAUAUUUCAAGAAGACGAAGAUGGAGAAAUUUGGAGCAAAGUACACCCGAAGAACAGAAAGUAUUUGUGUCCGAUUUAGCAGACGGGUUCGAAAUCAAGCCUGUAUCUUCUAAGAAUCGGAAUGUGAGGAAAGCAGAUCACCUUAUGGUAUACAGAUAUGGGUACACUCACCAUCUAAUCUGUGUCAAAGUAGAAGGUGACAGGAUCAUAGCCAUGGAAUACGGGCCACGAAAUUGCUUCGAGCUAUCGGGAAAAGAAGCUCUUAAAUUACUUAUUGAUGUGGAAAAGCUGGGUGAAGUUCAUCGAAAUUCUUACACAUUCGAAGAAUUAGAAAAAAUUGAAAUGCACAAAAUAGUGUGGCCUAGGGAGCUGAGGCGGUACCGUGCAAGAAAGGUUGUCAGAAGAGCCAUAUCGCGAGAAGGCGAGAAAACAUAUAACUGUUUGACUAACAACUGCGAACAUUUCGUUAUGUGGUGUAUGUGUGGGCUAACAGUCAGUCUUCAAGUCAAGUUCUGGUAUACUUGGGCAAAAGAGAUCGUGGGAGCCUUGUGCGCUGGUGUGACUCACACAGCACGCAGCCAGUUGGGGUCCUUUUUCCUCAAACUCCUUGCCAACGCAUCAGAUGAAAUUGCAGUUACAGUUCUAAAAGAACAAAACUAUGCCUUUGCGGUUGGUUUUGCCAUUGCAUCGAUUAUGGAAGCGGGUUUGUGUUGGCUUGAAAUCGAGGAAGCUUUUGAAAACAGGGAAAAGGGAGUUAUCAAGAACGACUACGAUCUCAAUACGAAGCUUUUGGAAAUUGUUGCAAAGGUAUUAUCCCGCUUGCUACUGGGCGCUGCUGGGUCGUUAGCUGGUUCAGCUUUCGGCCUACCCGGUAGUUUAGCCGGAGGUAUGAUUGGUGCUGCUGUUGGAAAUUAUCUUGGUGCUGUCGUUACAAGAUGGCAUAGAGACGUUCCAGGAACUUCUUGAAAAAGAGCGGUCGAAAAGUAUAAAACGCACUUUUAAAAACUGAACUGAUUGGAUCGAUGRACACUGCUCUGUACGUUGCUCUGCGUUUAUUCAUCAUGAAGAGAAUAUAGUACUUACAUAUACAGUAUACAGUCAUUAGAUCAGUGAGUAGUAAAGCCCGGUUCACACCAGCAACGAAAGUGCAACCGAGGAAACUUUUUUUGCUUGCGUUUGAGUUUGAGUUUUUAACGAAACACAAACGCAAGAAAAAAUACCACAAGACUAAAAAUGUUCUUUAUGUAAACAAGCUAGUACCUUACUACGCUUUUGAACACUGUUUGUCCUUGUAUUUGUGUAAUUUGCAUAGCUCUUGUGAACCAGGCUUUAUCGUGGCUCCGAGGCUUUAUAAGCAAAACGCGCCAACUUAUUCUGACGUGAUGAGUCAUAAUGUCGAUGACUGCACCCUUAAAAUUGGCUGACUAACAUUCGAUUUGAGCCCACGAUGUGCGCGCGCUCAAAAACCGCUGAAUAAUCUUCGAGAUUUUAUUUUUAUUGUCAUUCCGGAGUAAUUAUCUUUUGCGCGCCCGUUCAAAAUGCAUGUAGGAUGAAUAAAUUAUAUUUUUUGAUAGACAAGAAUUAAUCAUACUUUCCAAAGCCUACUUCAAAUAAGUAGCGUGAUUUUUGGAAGGAUCUUACUUUAUUCGUCUGAAUCUUUUGCAUUUUUUCAUCACAAUUGUUGUCUCGGUUUAUAUCGAUUUUUUUAUUAUUUAACAUAUUUGACAAAACAUUUCCCCCAAAAGCUGUAAAGCUUAACAAGGGAGCUCACAUCCAUAAUAUUUACAGUACAAAGAAAGAAAAGAUUUUGACAGUAAGGAUAACAGCAAUAUUGCUUUCAGCAUCAAAUUUGUGAAAUUUUUGAUCUGUCAAUCCUGGAAUAAUUUUAGAAUUAAUUAAAAUCGACUAGAAUUAACGAAGAAAACGUAAAUUUAGAACUAUUUUCUGUAAUUUCGAAUUUUUCAUAACUAUCUACGACAUUGAUGACUCUCCCCUCCCCCCUCGGCCACUUUCUCACCCCACCCCUCUGCGAUUUAUAUGACCCUCGACCGGGAACGUACUUCCGGUUCAAAAUUAAUGAGCCUGCGAUCUUAACAUAUUGUACCACAGGUAGCCCAACAAAAUUAAAAACUUCUAUAAAUUUUUCUAUUCGUUUAAAAUAACCAUUCAAAAUACUAAUGAAAAUAAAGCAUUAAUUUAUUA